GAGGAAAGAAAAUCCAAAUAUAUUGAACUCUCCGACAACACAAACCUUACAAGCUUUCAAGAAGAAGAGAAAAACAUGAUACUCUCCUGCAACUUCUCUCCUCUGCCACCCAAAGUCAACUACUCUUCUUUCCCAAGAACAUCAUUUUCUCCGCCCAAAUCCCUAGUAUUUUCGUCUGCAGGGUCAAAUCACAGCCCAAGAUUCUCCAAAAUCUUGCCAUUUUUAAUCAACCGGAAAAAGGGUCACCUUCAAAUAUGCCGGAGUUCAUUUAACACCCAAAGUCCGCAAGACCCACCUCUUGUUUCUUCUUCAUCUGAGGAAAAUGACCUUCUUGCUGAUGGUGGGAAUGGUGGGGAUGGUGGUGGGGAGGAGAGGGACUGGACGACGUCGUUCUUGCUGUUUGCUUUCUGGGCUGGUCUCAUGUACUAUGUUUUCUUCCUUGCUCCUGACCAGACACCGGUAACGGACGUGUAUUUCUUGAAAAAGCUACUGAAUUUGAAAGGAGAUGAUGGUUUUGAAAUGAAUCCAGUAUUGGUAGCUGAAUGGUACAUCAUGGGGUUAUGGCCUUUGGUAUAUAGUAUGCUGCUCCUUCCCACUGCCAGAAGCUCAAAAAGCAAAAUUCCAGUUUGGCCGUUUGUUACUCUGUCAUUUUUUGGAGGUGCAUAUGCUCUUAUUCCGUAUUUUGUUCUGUGGAAGCCACCGGCUCCACCUGUUGAAGAAUCUGAGCUUAGGAGAUGGCCUCUAAACUUCCUGGAGUCGAAAUUAACUGCAGCGAUUACAAUGGCUGCAGGGGUAGCUAUAAUGGUUUAUGCAUUUUCAUCUGGCGGUGACUUGUGGAAGGAAUUUUACCAGUACUUCAAGGGAAGCAAAUUUAUCCAUAUCAUGACAAUUGAUUUUGGUUUGCUGUCGACGUUUGCGCCUUUCUGGGUGUACAAUGACAUGACUGCUCGAAAAUGGGAUGGCAAAGGGUCUUGGCUUCUUCCUUUGUCGCUGAUUCCAUUCUUAGGCCCUGCCCUCUAUCUUCUCUUACGACCGUCGUUAUCAGCGGCUCCAAUUGCAUUAGCACCAUCUUCUGAUGAAGCAUGAUGCCCGAAGCCUUCUCAUUGUUUUGCACAUUCUCAACUCUGGUACAGUACAAAUACUGUUAACUUUCACCUUUGAAGUUUGGUUCACUUGAAAUACAAUAAUACAUGUUUUUGUUUGUUCACACAUGACGAUCUUUUUGUCAUCAAAGAUGUGAUGCAACAGAAGAUGAUUGUCCAAAACCUCCCUGAUACUAGGAGGUUUUGUACUAUUCACAUAAGUCGCAGCAGCUCAUUUUGGAUGUAGACCGUCAGAUUAUACAUGAUAAUCCAUCAUUUUACUUUACAACAUUAUUGUAGUUUGAUAUACCUACAUUGGUAGUAUGAAACCAUCAUACCAUGCUGCUAGGAAUAUCGAACAAUUUGAGGAGAAAAGAAACAUGCAUGCAACGACAACUUCAAAUGUGAACAAGAAUCAUCUUGCAUGUUUUUGCUGCGGCUGCUUUAAGAUUAGUUUUUGUUGUUUGAAGUAGUUCAUGGCAAUUAUGUUGUCACUAUGAGAUGUUAAUGGAGAUCGUGGGGAAAUUACGGUAGAGUUUUGUAUCGACGCUCUAUGCACUUGGAUCAUUUCUUUUCUUUCUUUUGUAUU